GACAAAUCAAUAAUUUGUCGAGUUUUUAUCUCUGUCAUCACGAUUAAGCACACACAUUUUACAUUCAAGGAGAUUUUACAUUACUGCGGUGUGCAAUGGAGCAGGAUGAGCAUCCACAACGAUUACGUUUUCCAAACGGAGCUGUCCUGAGGAACGAAUCACUUCCGUCACUACCUAGAAAGACUAUGGCGGAGAAACGUCGGUCCGGGGGAACUUCGGGGAUGUCCGAAUCCAAACCGACCAAGACCGACACCGAGCGGGAGUUCCUAUCGCAGGCGGGAGUCGGGGAGUUACUCCGAGGGGCUCUGCUAAAGAUGGUAGAGGCCAGGUCGGAGGACCCAAUGGGUUUUUUGGCAGACCAUUUCUGUAAUCAGGCCUCCGAGGCUGAGAAUGGGACGGGUGGAUGCUGCAGCGAUGGAGAUUUGCUAAACCUCGGCGCAGGCGCACACGAGCAGCAGCAGCUGAGCCGAGCCCUAUGGCACCUGCGUCUAGCGCAUCACUCUCAGAGAUCUGCCUUCAGCAACAACGUCCGUGUGGCCUACGACCUGCUAACGCAGACAGGGCCCCAGCGGCGAGGAGCAGUGGGUCCCAGUGGCCCUGCUGGUCAAUGCAGCUCUAACAGCCCAGGUGGGGGGGUCAGGGGCCGCCUCUACACACACACCCUCCAGUGUCUCUGCAGCGAGGGAGGUGUCCCCAUCUCCACUUCAGCACCUCUGCUACGCCGGCUCCACUGCCAGGACCAUGAGGCCGUGCCCUACGACAUCUUCAGGCACGGUGUGCUGACGUGUGCUGUGUUUUCUGACUACAUCCGGCGGGCGCAGAGGCUGUACGCGGAGGUCUGCGGCCCAGCUGAGGGGCCUGCUGGUCGGACACUAUGUCUGGCUGUGCUGGGCACCCUCCAUGAAGCCCUGGAGACCUCCCGGUCUGAUGGUGGCUCCUCAGAUGCUAACCACUACUCUAAUGCUAAUGCUAAGGCCAAUCCCUACCUAGAGGCUAAGGUUAGCCGCUACCUGGAGGCGAGUGCUAAGAUCUCGCCCGGUAAGCUGGCCCAGGCUAUGGCUGGAGCGGAGCCAGCCGGGGGCAACAUGGACGCCAAGGAGUUUGAGGACGCUGCGGCAGAGCUCUUUAUCGAUCGAGUAAGAGUUGUGUGUUAGCUGCUGGUGUAUUCUCGUUCCUAUAAUGCCUGCACUGUUCCUUGUAAUGUAGUGUCAGAUCCUAGUAUAAUGAGAUGUGUAUAUGACUUUCCUCGUUCUUAUGAAGCACUUGAAGAACAUACAGCAUGGCUAAAUAUAUACUGUAUAAUAUAGUACGAUCAUGUAAAUAUGAUUCAAUAUACCAAUAAAUGUCAGAACUGGAUUUUGCUUAUUCAUGCUUUCAUUUAUAAUGUAAUGAAAACAUCUGUUACAAGUAGGGCUAUCACGGUCAUUAAAUUUUGUCACCCUGGUGAUUGUCAUCAAAUAACUGCCGGUCUCACGAUAAUUGACCAUUAAUUAACAAACCCAUUUAGCAUCUCAUGGCUUCCACCCAGAGCCUACAAGCCACUGAAUCAGACCUCUGGGACAUCUACAUUUAAAAAAUAAGAAAUCCAUGUAAUUUAGCCUACACCAUUACAAUAAAUCCAUAAUUAAUUUUAGGCUGGUCUAAAGAAACAUGACAUGAAGAAAAAUGUAGUCUAUUUUGGAAGAACAGAAUGGCAUACUCUGAGUUGUCCUUAUGUUAGGCUCUGAUCUGGCUAU